CGGUGUGUGACGUCGAGGCGGCGGCGGCCAUGGCGUUCCCGCACCUUCAGGCACGCCGGUGCCUGUCGUUCCUGGCGGAAGUGCUCUUCCUCGCCGGCAUCAUCUGGCUCCUCCUGCUCACGGUGGCGUCGCUGCUGAGCUCGGGCAGCCAGAAGACCAGCGCCGCCGAGCACGCCGGCGGGCUGCUGGUCGGCCUGCUCUUCGUCCUCCCGGCCCCGCUGCUCUUCCUCAUGGACGCAGUCUGUAGGAGGACGCCCAGGACGCCGCAGGAUUUGUCACUGUGGCCAGCGGCUCGCCGACGUCGCCCGGCACCCGUGCAGCGCGAGCCGAGCCCGCCUUCGAGCCCCGGGCUGGCCGAAGAAGGCCUGGUGGUGCCCUUUCCGCCACCCGAAUCUCCGUGGUGGGCCGAGCGCCCGCCCACGUACGAGGAGGCGAUACGGAUGCCCAAGUUCGAGGACCUUCACACGCCCAGGGUACACCAGGCCCGAGUUUACUAUCAGGUUCCGUGAGCGGGAUCAGCCAGAUGCGCCGCCGCCUUCGCCACAUGUCCAAAUUUCUGCGGCCACCUCGGAAAGAGGUGGACAGCUGCCCGGCGAGUAUGGUUUGCCCAAAUCCACAGCCACUGCGGCCACUCAAGACCAGGACAGUUUGCUGCGCUCUCCCGCGAAAAGUAAAAGAAAGAGUGUGGGAGUGAUUCCACCCAGCCGGGCGUUUAAGCCUAGCCGGCAAGAAGGCACGUCCUCGUUGACUUGGGCUGGAAUUCAGACACCUUUGCCGACCAAACAGUCACAUAAAGCUUCUCAGCGUCACUUUCGUUUUUUUGUGUGUGUGUUACGCUUAAACGUCAUCGGUGCGCAUUCUGCAAAUUUUCGCGGUUAUUAAAUUGCCCUUCGCACGCACAUACGUUUUGUUUUUCCUAGGGCGAUUCCACUUUAAUGCGGUGUAUUAG